GAUAAGACGGGUAAGAUGACCUUGGUACCACCUGGUAACGGCGUGCAGCUGCAAUCCAUGCAUUUGUCGCCUUAUCAACCACAACAACAAGUAUAUCCGUAUCUGAACCAAAUUGCGUACAGGGCUCCAGCUCCGCUCGCCCUCCCUCCUCCUCGCCCUACUCCUCUUCUAUCUCCACCUGUGCAGCAAUAUACUCCUGUAGCAGCAGCACCUCAACCAACGCGUUAUUACAAUCCUCUGGAUCCACUGGGACUGUUUAAUAAUCCGGUAUGGCACUCACUAUUUCCGGGUCUUGUUGUGCCACAGCCACAAUCAGUUUCAGCUUAUGAAUCGGAGUCUAAUUUAGAUGUUGAGCCAGUUUCGAAACCGGUAUAUGCAGAAGUACCAAAGAAGGCGCAACUGUCACCGAACGAGAAACUUGCUACUUGUUGUCAGAAACGAGGUCUUUCACCAUCUUGUCAAACUCUCUGCAACUACGACACAUUCACGGACCGAUCACUUGUCACAGCAGUAAUAACGAAUCAAUGUCCCGGACAUGAGCUCGAGACUGCAUUCAACUGCGCCACAGCCAUGGCGGACCAUUCGGAAUGCUGUAUCAGGAACGGUAUUGGAUCAUACAACGGCGGUCGUUGUAUGGUAUUCUGCACCACGCAUCUCGGCAAUCCCGGUAACACACUGCAGUACAUUGAUUGCCUCCAGGUAUUCGGCCGAAUCAAGAACUGCUAUCGAGAAUAUCAUUUAACUCAUCCCAAUCUUUUCGGUGAUUUUUAA